GCUUGAUAUGCAAGAACAUGUGGAACGUAGACCACAGAUGUGCGACUUCUGUGGCUUUGUCCAGCUCAUGGGAGAACUUCAAGGAUUUGGCAGCCUAUGAGAUGCAGCUGAAGCCUAUGGGUUUCAAGCGUUGCCCGUCCUGUCAGCUGGCUUGUGAGAAGCAAGACCCACUGUCGUGUGAUCACAUCACAUGCGUGUGCGGACAUGAGUUCUGCUGGAUGUGCGGCGAAGAUCGUCGCGUCAUCAAG